AUAAAUAGGCCAGUGGAGGAGUGAAAUACACAAACACAACAUCACAUCACAGAAGUUUAGUGUUGUGUUGAGGACUGUGUGAAGAUGAAAGUCAUCAAUCUGGGCCCUGACCCGUCUCUGGUGUAUCGGCCUGACCUCCUGCCCAACACCAUUAAAGAGAAAUCAGACUUCAGAAACUUUGAGAAUGGAGAUCUUUUUGAGCGUGUGCUUAACACGUACAAACUGAUGCACACACACCAGACGCUUGACUUCGUCAGACAGAAGCAUGCAGAGUGGGCAGGUUGCACUCACACUCGUAUGGCUGUGAUGGAGAGCAUUGAAUGUUUGGACCAGCUGGUCGAUGAAUCUGAUCCUGACGUCAACUUCGCAAACUCCUUCCACGCCUUCCAAACUGCCGAAGGAAUCCGCAAGGAACACCCCGAUAAAGACUGGUUCCAGUUGGUUGGUCUCAUUCAUGACAUCGGCAAAAUCAUGGCUUUAUGGGGAGAACCUCAAUGGGCUGUGGUGGGAGACACGUAUCCAGUCGGCUGCCGCUUUCAGAACUCCAUUGUUUUCAGAGACUCGACAUUUGUGGAUAAUCCAGACAGCAAGGACGAGACGUUGAAUACAGAGUGUGGGAUUUAUGAAGCUCACUGUGGACUGGACAACGUUCUCAUGUCAUGGGGACACGAUGAAUAUUUAUACCAAGUGAUGAAGUUUAACAAGUGUCCCAUUCCUGAGGAGGGUCUGUACAUGAUUCGCUUCCACUCCUUCUACCCCUGGCACACACACGGAAACUACACACACCUAUGUAACGAUAAAGACCUCCAGAUGCUGCCCUGGGUUAAAGAGUUCAAUAAGUUUGAUUUGUACACUAAGAGCACGGACCUGCCGGAUGUGGAGCAGCUGAAGCCGUAUUACCAAUCCCUCAUCGAUAAGUACUGCCCAGGAGUCCUGCAGUGGUGAUCACAACCUCGCUGAGAAACCGUGAGCUGACCGUACACAGGAUUUGCUUAAAGCAGCAGUAUGUAACUUUACCGCCUUCUGCUGGCUGAGACAGGAAGUGCACUUACAAUGAAAACAAUCACAACUUGAAACUACAUUCGCCCUGUGAGAUCCGUGUUAAAACGUGUGGGUGAGGUGAAGCAGCUCUGCUUUAGUGUUGAGUGCGAGUUAAAUUUCAGGGCCAGAAAAAUGUCAAGCCUGAAACACAACAAGAAAAUGCUAUGCCUGCUGUGUGGUAAUAUCCCAGAUCAGAGUUUUGGAGGGUUUUAUUACGAUGAUCUGGUUUUUACAUGUUUAGAGAUCAUUUAAAAUAUUACAUAUGGCAGCUUUAAAGAAUCAGAUUCACAUAAAAAUUAAAAAAUUAAUUUACUCUUCUCGUCCGGAUUCUGUUCUGCUGCUUCUGAGUGUAUAAAUCUCUAAAACCCUCCUGAUACAUUCUCCAUAAUAAAUAAAUAAAUGUUACAAAGAGUAUUUUGUAAAUAAAAGCAUCACAUGAUUUCUAGUCCUGUGCUUAAUUUUGUUUUCAUUACUUAUAUUUUCCUGAAAUUGAAUCUGUACACAUCAGAAAGCAAAUAAAAAUUGUAUUUAAACUUUA